AUGUCCGAAAACGGGGAAGAGAAGUUACUCGCUGUGGCGCGGCACAUAGCGAAGACGCUGGGCCACAACAACACCAUGUCUGAUGACAUUUUCCAAAUAUUGUCCAACUUCGAUGGAAGGUUCUCGAGAGAGAAUCUUUCUGAAAAGGGCGUAGAUGCGGAUUCCAGAGCCUGCGCUGCACUCGAUCAUUCUCUCAAAUCCCUUGACCACCGGAUCUCUCACUACGUCUCCACCGACCGUCCAAUCUGGGCCGACGCUGCCCACGCCGCCGCCUUCCUCGACGCCGUCGACGAGCUCGUUGCCGUCGUCGCCGAGUGGAACCACCUCGCCUCCGAUAAGUCCGUCGCCGCCUGCCUCGUACGCGCCGAAGACAUGCUCCAGCACGCCAUGUUCCGCCUUGAGGACGAGUUCCGCACGCUCAUGGAGCGCGGCGGCGAGUCGUUCGGCCUCACUCGGAGCUACCGCAACGGUGAGUCCACGGAGAACAUGCCCUUUGACUUGGAUGAGGAGGACGAGGAGGAUGACGAUGCGAGAAACGGAGGUGACGAGGAGCAGAUUCCGGUGGCGCUGCCGGUCACCGACUUCGACAUCGUCAUCGAUGCGCUGCCGUCGGGGACGAUCAAUGACCUCCACGAGAUCGCGAAGCGAAUGGUGGCCGGCGGGUUCGGGAAGGAGUGCUCGCAUGUGUACAGCAGUUGCCGGAGGGAGUUCCUGGAGGAGAGCGUGUCGAGGUUAGGGUUACAGAAGCUCAGCAUCGAGGAGGUUCACAAGAUGACGUGGCAGGACCUUGAAGAUGAAAUUGAGAAAUGGAUGAAAGCCUCCAACGUUGCUCUCAAGAUCCUCUUCCCCAGCGAGCGGCGUCUCUGCGACCGCGUGUUCUUCGGAUUCGCCUCCGCCGCGGAUUUUUCCUUCAUGGAGGUUUGCCGAGGAUCCGCGAUUCAGCUGCUGAAUUUCGCCGACGCCGUCGCGAUCGGAAGCCGGUCUCCGGAACGGCUGUUCAGAAUCCUCGACGUGUUCGAGACGCUGCGUGACCUAAUUUCGGAGUUUGACGCUCUGUUUUCUGAUCAGUUCAGCGUGUCGCUCAGGAACGAAGCGAUUACGAUUUGGAAGAGGUUGGGGGAAGCGAUUAGGGGCAUUUUUAUGGAACUGGAGAAUUUGAUUCGCCGGGAUCCGGCGAAGAUGGCGGUUCCCGGUGGCGGUCUUCACCCAAUUACUCGCUACGUGAUGAACUACCUCCGUGCGGCGUGCCGGUCACGGCAGAGCUUGGAGCAGGUUUUUGAAGACUACGGGCUGAAGGAGUACCCCAAGCUUGAUGAUAGAGUGCCCUCGUCUUCUUCUCUUUCAGUGCAAAUGGAUUGGAUUAUGGAGCUGCUAGAGAGCAAUUUGGAAGCAAAGUCGAAGAUUUACAAGGACCCUGCUUUGUGCUAUGUUUUCUUGAUGAAUAAUGGGAGGUACAUUGUUCAGAAAACCAAAGAUAGUGAAUUGGGAACCCUCCUGGGUGAUGAUUGGAUCAGAAAACACGCGGCAAAAGUUCGACAAUUCCAUGUGCACUAUCAAAGAAGCUCGUGGAGUAAGGUACUCGGGAUUCUGAAGCUGGAUAGUAAUGUUUCACUACCCCCUAAUGGAUUAUUGGCAAAGUCAAUGAAGGAGAAGCUCAAGUUGUUUUAUUCGAUGUUUGAGGAUAUUUGCAAGGAACAGUCUUCAUGGUUUGUUUGUGAUGAACAGCUAAGGGAAGAAAUAAGAAUUUCGCUUGAGAAAAUCUUGUUGCCUGCAUAUGGAAACUUCGUAGCGAGGUUCGCGAAUCUUUCAGAGAAUGGUAAGCAUGCUGAUAAGCAUAUAAAGUAUGAAACAGAGGACAUUCAAGCAAGACUCAAUGAAUUGUUUCAGGGAUCAAGUGGUAGCCGAAAGUGA